UCUCCACAGCAGCAACACCAAUUGCAAAGUAACGCCGGCAGUUAAUUCUUCACGUCGCACCAAAAUGUCGUCAUAAGUUUUAGUUACCUAUGUGCGGGUUAUUUGUGUUUUGCCAGCAGUAAAAGCUAUCUAAACGAGCAAAAAGUUAGCAAGUGGCUCUUUACUUUAUAAGUAUUGAGUUUCACUUACCGCGAUGCUCCUCGUUCUCGUGAAGCAAUUAAAAAAAACAUUGGAACUCAUACGUUAUUAACUUCGAGUUCAUAUUGGAAAUAAACAUUAAGGUAGUAGUCUGAGAUCAUCGUGACUGAUGUACCUUUAUAAGAGAGUCCAAGUUGCCGCAUGACUAAUUGGCAACAAUAUUUGGUCUUGCUGAAAACAUAACGUUAUUUAUAUAUAAAUAAGACUUUCAACUUGGAAUAUAGUGCAUACAAAAAAUCUUAAUACUGGAAUCAGGCACGAUGUGUAUGAAUAGGAGUGUGAGGUUAGGAGGAUGUUAAGUCGUGAAGCCUGGCCUGUCCUUUACCUUGCCUAUGUUAAAGCUCCUAUCGCCUCGCACAGUGUCUGGGCUUCCACCGGGGACACCAUACCUUGUGCUGUUGCACACACUGCCUCCCAAAGAGGCUUUGCCGGAUUAUCUUGCAUUUCUCGCGAGUGUGGGACUUGUGGCGUACCCCUGAGAGUAUUCAGAAAGUUUUGUACACUACACCAGCCGGGGGAGAUGACUGCUCAUCUGUGUAUCACCACGUACAAGAGCCCCAAGCAUGAGGUGCUUAAGUUGGAGCUAUGUUUUGUAGGACAGGAUUGCCAGAGGAUCCCCAGUAUCCUGGGGGCCACAUAUGGUCUCCAAACCAAGAGACUUGACCUUUCCUACAACUCCAUCAGGUCGCUGGAUGGGCUGAACAAAUUUCCUUUCUUGGAGGAAUUGAUACUAGAUAACAAUUACUUGGAUGACAGUGUGAUCAUACCUUGCCUCCACACACUUAACACUCUCUCACUGAACAAAAAUAAGAUCACCAACUUGGAGAAAUUAGUGGAGCAAAUCAGAGAACAUCUACCCAACUUACGUUAUCUGAGUCUCCUGGGCAAUGAGGCUUGUCCUGACCAACUAUCUUCAGCUGACAAAGAUGAGAAGGACUACAGGAGGUAUAGAUUAUAUGUGCUAAACCGGUUGCCCACUCUCAAGUUCCUGGAUUCGACUGGUGUAAGGAGGAGUGAAAUGAGAGAAGCUAGAAAGCGAGGAGCCCUGGCAAGAACCAUCAGACCACCACCACUCCCAGUCUGCCCUCUACCACUCACCAAAAUGAGGUAUGAUGGAAUGGGUGGUUCACUGUUGCCCACAGAAGGGAAUCGUACAGCCAAGAAAAACCCAGUGGACAGCAGGGAGAUGAAUGGCACAGUUGGAAAACGAGGUAUACCAGACAUUCUCUCGCCCAUGACCCACACUGUUGAAGGUGUUGCAGCUCUUCAGUGGUUAGCUCUUCCCUGUGGUCGUCCGCCAACUCUUCCACAUCCUGGCCACUCGCAUCCAACCCUGAGCAUAUGGAAUAAGGCAGUAUAGGUACCUUGGUCAACAUUCAGAGGGCAACCGCUUCAUCAACAAUGAGGCACUCUAAGGUAGACUGUCCAUUCAAGGAACUUUCACCAGAGAAACCAUAACUUUCUUUACUACUACUUAUCCAGCUGACAUACUGCAUUUUUUAAAUCAUGCUAUAACUGCAGUGUUGGUUUAAUAUGAAGUAUAAAGUAUUUUUUAAGUUAGUCCUGUCUUGGCAUAGAACUAUUAUAUUCACAGGGAGUGCUAAACCUGUAGGGAUCAUACAGCACCUGGGAGGAAUGGAAGGCAUUUAGAUUCAAUCCAAGGAAGGGGAGCCGUAAGAUAAAUUUUAUUACCUUUGAUAUACCUUUUGAAGAGUUUUGCGAGUUUCACUAUUCUCAGAGCCUGGCCAUGAGCCAGGCUCAUCUGAUGCUUGCCUGGUCAACCAGACUGUUGCUGCUGGAGGCCUGCUGCCCCACAUAUCAAUCACAGCCUGGUUGGUAUGGCACCUGGUGCAGAUACUUGUCCAGUUUCCUCUUGAAGGCUUCUACACUUGUUCCAGCUGAGUUUCUGAUAUGUUCUGGUAAAUAAUUUUCAACUUUUGUGACUUGCAUAUGUAGGAAAAUUAACAUAUUAUUAGCACAUGUAGCACUGGUCGCCAUUGCCCAGCGGUGAGAGUAGCAACUCUCAUUGCUGAGGUCCAGGUAAUAAACACUGGACAUUAACAUGUAGCUUUUCAAACUAAUAUCUUUCACUGUAUUAUUUUAUUUUAGAAGGAUGAGUUAAUAUGGUGGUAUUAAAUAUUGCAAUAUCUUUCGCUGUAGCAUUUUAUGUUAGAAGGAUGAGUUAAUAUAGUGGUAUUAAAUAUUGCAAUAUUAAAUAACAUUAAAGCCCAUAUUUUGAACUCUACUGAACCAGAAACAACUGGAGUUAUUGUAUGGUAUCUGAUAGUCUGUGAACAGAUUCUAGCUGUUGUAAAUUCACUGGUGUAAUCGCCCAGUCCGGGCCUUCUUCAGGUGGUGGCCCAGCCUUGACUCCGUCAUGGGAGUGUUUCAGACCAGUGUCUGCCAUAGGAAGAGGUACAAGUACCUCAUCAUCAUCUGGGACCAGCUGUCCCCAGGCCUAGCCCCAUUCCCUGCCCCCACAGGGCUUGGAGGGAGAAGCAAGGCACCUUGGGCUGCCACAAAUGCUGUUCACACUGGGCUCAAAGGGUGUAGCAGCUACAUAUUGUAGCUGUGUUGGAAUACAUGUACUACUGUUUACUGUGAACAAUCCCAAAAGUUUGUUAAAAGUUCAGUGUUAGAUAUAUAACACUGGGCACAAUUCCGUGACUGGAACGAUACACAAAUAACUCAUAUAGAAGAGUGGAGGUUACGGCAACAUUUUGGUCUGACUUGGACCAUUUACAAAGCGACUGUAAAUGGUCCAAGUCGGACCGAAACAUCGUCGUAAGCUCCUCUUCUGUAUACGGGUUAUUUGUGUACAGUGCAAAGCGUUUCUCUGUGAGGUACUUGAGACAUGUGGGGCUAAUAUAUAGGCUGGAGCCUGUAAUGUUGAGCUUAACAUUUUACUUCUUUGUCUUUGCCAGGCCUUGUGGUAAUGUCUAUAGGACUUUUCAUUUCCUUCCACUCCCAGAAAGUCUAAAUACUCGCCAACUUGGUUUACACUUUGUAUGCAAAUGCUGAUGCACUUCAAGCUUAAUUCUUGUACCUCAGGACAGGUAAUAAUCUACAUGCAACCAACCAGUGACUGUUAGUCUUGCUUGCUCAUCCUUCUGCUUCAUCUACAGCUGGUAAUUAUACUAUACAAGGUGCACAUUAUCACUAAGUUCAUUUUCUUUUUUUUUUUUAACUAUGAUUGUUACACCCAUACUCUUAUAUUCAUGAAAGGAGCUAAACCCACGAGGGUCAUUCAGCUGCUACACCAAGUGUCUCGAGUGAAUGCAUUAGCAUUAAUUUCCUCAAAUUAGUAAAAUUCUUAUUUUCAUUGGCCUACUUGCAAACUUGGAUUAUGCUUCCUUUACAAGUACUGUUUGCUGAUUGGCAGUGGCUGAUGUCAGUUGACUGCUAGGUCUUGUUAAUGUUAGGCUUACUAUAAUGUUAAGCUAAUGUAAUCUGUAACAGGUAUGACUAAUGUAAGUUCUGUGUAUGCACAUUAAGUACUUCUUGCAGAAUGUCAUGCUUUUUUUUAGGCCAGGUCAGACAUAUUGCUUUAAAAAAUGCAUUUUUUUUUUUUUUUGUCCCCAAAAGAUGACUAAGCAGCCUCAUCUGACCUUGUCAAAAAAAAAAAAAUUAAUUUAGUUUUGACAAAUUUAUUUUGGGUCAGCCUGAAUUUAAUUAGUAUUUAUGGAGUAUGUAUAAUCAGUAUAACUAUUUUGUGAUACCCAGAUUGGUUUUUGCAGUUAUUGCAACAGUGAAUUUCAUUUUAAGCAAGGAUUAUAGGUUCUGCCAUCCCUAGUGGUUUAGUUUUUUUUUUUUUUUUUAUGUAGGUUCUGUCAAAAAAAAAAAAAAAAUUAUGCCCUGCAAGAGUUAUUCUCAGGAAGUCAUGGAAACCAGUUAGCUAGAUUUGGUGGGAAAUAUAGUACCUUAAUUCUGGAGGGUGGGAAUUUAACAGUUUAGAGGGUUUGAAUUGUACCUAUUGAAUAAAUGCUGAUAAAUGUUUUCUUCAGUCACCAACAUAGGAAAUAUGUUACUGUAUUUAAAUCUCCAAAAAAUUUAAAAACUAAUUUGAUACACAAACAGGACUGUGUGUGUGUGUGUGCGUAUUAUAUAUAUAUAUAUAUAUUAUGGGUAAUUACUUUGUUCAUAUUCACCAGUAUUUGUUGUGCUUAUUGUAAAUAAUUUUAAUUGUCAGAUAGUGCACAGACUGACAGUAGCUGUUUAUCUGGUACAUUUCUUCAAACAUUUAUGUAAGACCACAACUGUCCGUAUCUUUAAAACGAGAACAAACUUCAUUGUACUAUUUUUUUUUAUAUAAUUUCUAAAGCUGAUUUUCACAAACAUUGCAGUGUGCUUGUGUCUUGCUAAUAGAAGUAAUUUAUGUUGUUGCAACACUGUGAACAUGCAUAUGUACACACCUUUAUUAAUGGCUAUGGGAUGGGCUCUCGCAUUAACUCGUGUCACACUAUUUCUGGCCUUGUGGGCCCUAUUGUAUCUAGUCUUAUAAAUGUGGAAACAUUUCAUUGUAGAAAUUACUAAAAUGUGUAGUAAGGUAUGAUAGUGCUGUAGUGAUAUCUAGGUAAAGCUAACGUAAGAUAUUUCCCUCGACUGUUCAGAUACAGGCCAUUAUUAAAUUUAAAUGUAAGAGAAAGUGGAAAUGUCUAAUAUAUAAUAAAAUAAAACCUUAUAAAAUAUGGGAAUGGUUCUAGUAAUGUAUCCAUUGCAAUGAUCAGAGAGCAUCUACAUGUAGCUGAUAACUAACAGCUUCAUCUCCCAACAGUUUUUAUACAGAUCAUUUAUUUAAAUGAAAUAUGGUAGUGGAUAAAAGCACAGUGAUAGAGUAAUUGAAUUUAGCCUCUCCUCAUUUAACGACUUACUCGUUUACUGAUGACUUGGACUUACAACGGACUGACUAGUAUGCAUACCUAAAUGUUUAUUAGAGCCAAUUUCCUCUAUUCUGUUUAUUACAAUAUACAGUACACUACUGUAUAAAUGUUUAAAAAUAUACCAGAAAUGGUGCAAAGGUGACCACUACCAUCACCUGCUAUCAACAGGUUAAAUUUGGUACAGGACAUGUGAUGUAUGGUUACUAAACGUGUAAGAACUCGCCACACCUAUUUAAAUUGUGGGUGGUGAAAAGCUAUGAUGGCUCAAGCCAUACAAGCCCUUCUCCCACUGGUAUGGAGGGCUGAUAAGGAUCAAUAGAGUACAAGCUGUGACAGUCCUGCAAACCUCAAUCAUUUAUCAUGGUUGACGUCAUUGUAUGACCCUUGUGAGUUUAGUGCUUAGUUAUGUGGUUGAGCUGCAGUUAAGAUCACUUCUCCCUACACAAGUUUGUUUAAUAGCUUUCACAAUCAAACACAUACAUUUCACAAUUGUAGAAAAAAAUAGAAUAGGUAUACUACAGUAAAUGCAUGGAAAUGAAUAAUUAGUGUUCACUAGCAUUUGUGCACCACCCAGCUCAUUUGUUUCAACUUAAGUGAGCAUGAUCGGUCACUUUUUUCAAUUCAGUUAUGACUUUGUAACAGUAGUUUGCCUUUCCAGAGAUUUACUAGAACUGAUUUGGUUUUUGCUUAAUAUUACACAAGUCUUUUUAUA